AUGUCUCUGAAACUACCUCGCAACUGGGACUUCAGCACCUUCAAGGCUGAGACAGCUCGGAUAGCACGAUCAAAGAGUGUGAUACCUGGAGAGGGAGGCCCUGGCCCGGGCUCACCGCGUUCCCCCAGGUCAAUGGAGAGGCCACUGAAGGCUGGCUGGCUCAAGAAACAGCAGAGGUCCUUAGUCAAGAACUGGCAGCAGCGUUACUUUGUGCUAAGAGGAAGCACUCUGACCUACCACAAAGAUGACAAGGAGACGACUGUCCAGGGGGUCAUCCAGCUGCGGUUCAGUAAAGUGAAUGAACUCCCUCUGAGCUCAGAUGACCCUGGGAAAUACCUUUUUGAGAUCAUACCACGUGUAACUGGAGACAGGGAGCGAUGUCCAUAUGUGUUCAUGGCAAACUCCCAGAGUGACAUGGAGGAAUGGGUCCGCACUCUGCGCAGAGUCAUUGGAGUACCAACGAGUGGAGUGUUUGGAAAGGGUCUGAUGGACAUAGUAACAUAUGAGCAACGGUUUGGGCCUCAAAUGGUGCCAAUCCUGGUACAGAAGUGUGUGGAGUUCAUCAAAGAACAUGGCCUGGAUGAGGAGGGCAUCUUUCGCCUCCCGGGUCAGGACAAUGCUGUCAAACAGUUCAGAGAUGCCUUUGAUGCAGGAGAGAGGCCCUCCUUCCCCAGUGACACAGAUGUCCACACGGUGGCAUCACUGCUCAAGCUGUACCUGCGCGAGCUUCCUGAGCCUGUGGUGCCCUGGACUCAGUACCAAGACUUUUUGGACUGCACUAACCUACUGGACUCCAGCAGCUCGGCGGGUUGGGAAAUGUUGGAGAAACAAAUCACUCUUCUCCCCAAAAUGAACUACAACCUUCUCAGUUAUGUCUGCCGGUUUUUAUUUGAGGUGCAGCUGCACUCCAAGGUGAAUAAGAUGAACGUGGAGAACCUAGCAACAGUGAUGGGCAUCAACCUGCUCAAACCUCAGAUAGAAGACCCCAUCUCGGUGAUGAAGGCGACUCCUCAGAUCCAGAAGCUGAUGACAGUGAUGAUCAGACAGCAUGAGACUCUGUUUCCCCUCUCCAAAGACGUGCUUCCCUCCCCUCCCUCAAAGAAGGCCGAAAGCCAGAAGAACGCUCCCCGAAGCUUUGUGGGCUGGGAGUCUGCAGAGAUGGGUGAUGCAUCUCUGUCGGAGUCUCCGGAAGAGGAGGAGGACAUUGACAGUCCAGGUCCAGACAGAGGAAACUGCAACCCCCAAAACACACUUCCGGAGUCUCAGUCACCCUCCACAGAAGACUGGGUUGGAAGUCCCCGCAAACGCACUCAGACCCUGCCCGCCUUCAACUGCCCCCUAACGGGGAUGGCAGCCAAGGCCGAUGCCCUCAACCGGUGGAGUCGCAUCCAGGAGAGCACGGAGGAGAAGAGCGGGACAUUGUCGGAGGAUAUUUUUAAGAUCCUGGACCUCCGGAGUUCAGGGUCAUUGUUCGGAGGGUCUCAGAUCAGUAACAAGGAGGGAGAGGAUAGAUUAACAGCCAGGAGAGGAAGUGACAACACAGGUUCUUCUAGUGCUGCCUCCCAAAAACCUAACAAUGAUUCCCAGCCUGCUCCGGUGCUGUCACAUCAGAAGAGUGCAGGGAACCUGACAGUGAGCGGUUCAGUUCAGCAGGUCAACAGCAGGUCUGAGCAGACGAAAGACAGCCAGCAGCUUGUAGACCGCUGGAGCAGUCUGCAGCAGGAGAACAAGGAGCUGAAGGCCACAGUGGCAGAGCUCCAGUCUGCUCUGGAGAAAGAUCGCCGCCGUGUGGCCGCUCUGGAGAUCUGCCUGAGAAAUGCUGAGCGCAGCCGAGACGAGGCCCAGAAACGCAAUGAGGAGCUGCAAAGAGACAUUCAGCAGUUCCUUACCAGACAGCCACAAGCUCCCACCUAAAAGUAAUUUUAAGACUCACUAGUAUAUGGACAUUUACUUUGUUAAUCUCAACAGAGCUAAUUUAACAUGAACUGUUGUGGAAAAUACUGUCGUCCUCCAGUGGGAUGCUGGAUUGUUUCCAUUUGAGCCCUGUUUGGUCCUCAAGAUAAAUUAUUGGCUCAUUUGUUUGUGCCUGUGAGGAAAGUCUGUUAAGAAGAGAUCUAAAUAGGCUUUAACAUCACUUUUUCCAUUAAAGACUUUAAACACAAGUUUGUUCCUCUCUACUGCAGGAGUCAUGUCACUGUAUAUGAACUGCCCUGAUCCAGCUGUUACACAGGAUGUACUGGAAAAGACCAGGUCAACUGGACUGAAUAGUGUUAAUGAUGGACAGAACAAAUACUAUGUGUCAUAUAUGGAGUAAAUAGUCUUACUUGAUGUUUCAUUUCAGUAGUAAAUUAAUAAAAUUAAUAAAUUUAA